AAUGUUAAGUUCUAAGGCUGGAAUUGAUCAUGUGUUACGUUAAUUCACCAAUAAGAGAGUUUUAAUCAGAGUUGAUUUCAAUGUGCCCAUUAAAGAAGGAAAAGUAAAGAACACAACAAGAAUUUAAGGAGCCAUCCCUACAUUAAAAAAGAUUUUAGAAUAGAAUCCAAAGAAUGUGACAUUAAUGUCUCAUAUGGGUAGACCUGAUGGAAAAAGGUAAUAAUAAUGAUUAAUUUUAUAGAGUUGAAAAGGAUUCACUUAAGAUUGUUGUUCCUAAAUUAGAGGAAUUGUUGGGUACUAAAGUUAACUUUGUUAAUGAUUGUGUUGGUUCAGAAGCUCUUGAAGCUUCAAAUGCUGGAAAUGGAUAGAUCAAUUUAUUAGAAAAUCUUAGAUUCCACAUUCAAGAAGAAGGAAAAGGUCUUGAUGCAAAUGGAGCUAAGAUUAAGGCAGACAAAGAGAGUGUUAAGAAAUUUAGAAAGGAAUUAUCAUCUUUGGGUGAUAUUUAUGUUAAUGAUGCAUUUGGUACAGCACAUAGAGCUCACUCAUCUAUGGUUGGAAUUGAUCAUAAAAUUAGAGUUGCUGGUUAUUUGAUGAAGAAAGAACUUGAUUAUUUUGCUAAGGCUUUAGAAACACCAUAAAGACCAUUCCUUGUUAUCUUAGGAGGAGCUAAAGUAGCAGAUAAAAUUUAAUUGAUUAAAGCUAUGCUUGAUAAAGUAGAUGAAAUGAUUAUUGGUGGAGGUAUGGCUUUUACAUUCCUUAAAAAAAUAUAUAAUGUUCCAAUUGGAAAAUCACUCUUUGAUGAAGAAGGAUAUAAAAUUGUUGAUGAAAUUAUUGCUAAAGCUAAAGAGAAGAAUGUUAAAAUUCAUCUACCUACUGAUUUUGUAUGUGGUACUGGAUUGGAUGCCUCAAGUCCUGUUGCAUUACAUGAUCUUAAAUCAGGAAUUCCAGAUGGAUGGUUAGGUUUAGAUGCUGGAUAAUUGACAUAAAGAGAAAAUGCUGAUGCUAUUGGAAGAGCUAAGACAAGUAUAAAUUAAAUAUAUAUUUUAAUUAGUUGUUUGGAAUGGACCUUAAGGUGCUUUUGAAAUUGAAUAAUUCAAAAAUGGAUCAGUUAGUAUGUUGAAUGCACUUGUAAAAUAAACAUAAAAUGGAGCUACAACUAUUGUUGGUGGUGGAGACACAGUUAAUCUAGUUGGUGCUAAUAAGGCAAAUGAUAAACUUAGUCAUGUAUCUACAGGUGGUGGUGCUUCUUUGGAAUUAUUGGAAGGUAAGAUCUUACCAGGUGUAGAAUAUCUUACAAAUAUUAAAGAUUUAUGAUC